AUGACGGCAGUCGCGUCUCUCCACCGGGAGAGUGAGCGCAAAAAAAAAAAAACACGGCGGCAGGGUGUGGCUGUGCGUGUGUGGCGCUGCGGGUGUCUGCCCGCCCUGCCCGCAAAGAAAAAAAACAAGAGGAAAAGAAAUGUGUGCUCCGCCCCACAGGCCCUCGUCGCACGCCCACACGUCACGGCUCCCUCAGCGCGCCGUUCGUCGCGGCCCCUCCUCAUGCGUGCAGCAGGCGAGGCGCACAGGGCCGUCGUCAUGAGCGUGUCGGUGGGUGUGCGAGUGGAGCAGUUGGGCGGGAAACACGGCACCCCUCACAGGAAGAGUGCAAAAGAAACAAUUGAAGAGAGGGAAGAGUAG